AUGCACUCCUCGGUGACUCCGUUACCGGACGCUUCCUUAUUAAUCAAUCUGAUCGAUUCUGGUGCCGCUGUGCUUGUUGCUUACGAUUGUGCGAAAAAUUACGAACCAGCUCUGCGACAUGGGCACGGAGCUCAUUGGGCUUUACUGGUCGGAUAUCUAUACGUGGAUAUGGAUGCAAAAGAUAUUCGUCCCGCUGCAGAUGUUGUUGUGAAAGAUGAAGAUGCCUUUUAUGUUUUCGCUUACCAUGGCAAGAAAGCAAGCAUAUGGGGCUGUGGUCUUACUCCAGCCUUCGGCAGAGCUCGUUCAAUUUGA